UAAACAAUGGGAUUGGGAUCAGAUUCCCCGCCCCCGGUAGGAGUAGUACAGUAUAUGAUUAUCGCCGCCGUGUCCUCUGCGGUCGACAAGUGAGCAUAAAUUAUUUUAUUUAUCGCGAUUAGGAGAAGCUUAAAAAAAAGAAAAAUUAAACAACUUCCCGUAGGAGCGGCAGGCGCAGGGCACACUCGCCGUCGCCAUCGCCAUGCCGGCCUCUAUCCGCGGCUAUUCCUCCUCCUCGUCGUCCUCCUCGAGCUCUUUAACUACCCUGGAACGGCGGGGCGGGAUGCAGAGUGGAUAGCGCGUCGUCCUUGCAGGCGGCGGCAGGCCACGCCGAGGGAGGAAAUCGACGUCCGUCGUCCAGCGGUCCAGUCCAGACGGCCGGCCGCGCCGGUUCUGAGAUGCUGGAGCAAUGGGAGAUUCAAAGGGCGGCGCCGGCGGCAUGGGCAUGAACAUGGUGACCACGGUGAUGGCCUUCUCGGUCAGCGCCUUCUUCGUGCUCUUCGUCUUCACCAGGCUGCUCUGCGCGCGUCUCCACCUGUCCAGGGCGGCCGCCGACCGCGCCGCUGCCGGCGACGCCUUCGCCGUCAACGUGGAGCGCGGCAUCCACGGCCUGGAGCCGUCCGUGGUGACGACCUUCCCCACCGUCAAGCUCGGCGACGGCGACGGCGACGGUGGCCAGCAAACGCCGCCGGUGCAGGAGGAGUCGCAGUGCACGGUGUGUCUGGAGGAGUACGAGGCCAAGGACGUGGUGCGCGUGCUCCCCGCCUGCGGCCACGCCUUCCACGCGGCCUGCAUCGACGCCUGGCUGAGGCAACACCCCACCUGCCCCGUCUGCCGCGCCUCCCUGCGCGCCAAGAACGGCACCCGCGCCGCGCCGCUCGACUACAGCCUCCUCGUCGCCGGCGCCGCAGCGAGGGGCUCCGCGGCCGCCGCCCAGCAGGUCGUCCCCGCGUCCUCCUCGUCCUACCUCGGCGCGUCACCGCCGGCAGCCGGACACCAGCACCAGACGGACGACAUGGGUGCCGAUGGCCUGCUGGAGAUCAUCUCCGAAGAGCCCGCCUCGUCGGGAGGCCCGAGCCCUGCUGCUGCUGCUGGCGGUGGUGGUGGCCAUUCUCGCUGCGCGGACGCGGCGAGGCAGAGCGAAGGCAGCGCCGGCUCGUCCGAACAUUGCUAGCUAGUGCAUGCUUGCUGACACACACGCUUGGGAAAGUGAGACUGGGACGGAACUCUGUGAAUUGAGAUUGUACUUAGGGAGGGGGCUAGUCUUGGGAAUUCGAUCUCGUUUAAUUUUAACAGGAUUCAUUCUGAUUUCCUAAAUCGCGCUUGCUUGUACAGUUUUAGUUCAAUUAAUGGAUGCACAUGUCUGAUCCUGAUCCUGAUCCUGAUCCAA